AUGGAUGAAGAUUAUAAAGAAGGAUCAGUAUCUUUAAAAGAAGAUCAUUGCUCUAGCGAUGACAUUCAAAAAAGUCCUGAUUUCGAUAUGAUUUCAUCCAAAAUUGAAGAGAUAGCCAAAAUAUUUCAAGAAAUUCUUGAAAAAGCAAGCAACUCAGAAGAUAUUCCUCUUGGCAACUAUAUGAAUGAGAUUAUUUCGAGACUAUCUUUAUUAGAAAACAAAGAAUUAAUCGAAAACACUGAAAUACUAUCAAAAUUGCCUAUAACAGAUAAUGUGCCAUUAUUCAUUCAAUUUUGUGGCUUUUUGUUUAGUCUAGAUCGUACAGAAUUGUCCGAAAACAUAAUUUGCCAAAUUUUUAAGUUUAUUGCACAGAUAACAUCUUGUUCAGAGAUGAAUAUCAACUACUUAUCAGAUCAUGUCAUUAUUGGCUUACUUUCUGAUAUAAUUAACUAUGAUUUGCCCGAUUCAAUUUUAUAUUACUUACUAAUAAUUGCAAAAAAUGCGUUAUGGGUUGAUACUUUGUUUGUUGAAUACUCACAAGUAUUCUCACUUGACUAUUACGAGAAAAUAUCUGCAGAUUUAUCAUCAAUACAAGAAAAUUACCAAAGCAAGAUUUCUUCAGCUAUUAUGAUGGCCGUUUUCACAUACUGUAGAAAAACAGAAAAUAUCCAAGCGAUUUUCAACAUAACUUUAAUAAUUCAUAAUUUUUUAGAUUUUGGUUACUUUGACAGCAUAAUGGUAUACUAUUUAACAUAUACAUGGAAAUGUUUGCUUGAUUCCGAUGCAUUCGAUUACGAACAAGCAAAAAAUAGUAAUUUGAUGAUAUCCAUCAACAAAAUGAAAGAUCAGUUCAAAAUUGAUGAAAGUCAAAGUGAUAUAGAGCUCAAUGAAACCAAAGCUCUUAGUUUAUCUCAAUUUUUAGUCUUUUUAGCAGAAAUUUAUAAAUUUGAAAAAAUUGAAGUAUUUUCAGACGAUGAAAUAAGUUAUUUUAUGGAAUAUGGUAAUUGCAAGCUGUUUAGAAGUCUUUUAUACUAUUUGCAGACAAUUUACGAAGCAUACGACGUUGCUUUGAUGUUUAUGGAUGAAAUCAUGGAAGUAUAUGAUAUAAAUUAUGAUCUGAAGAUAUCUAUUGCAAAAUUGUUCGCAGAAAUCAUUGAAAAUUCUCCAAUUGAAAUUCGAAAGAAAUUUUUCUCGAAUGACAUAUUUGUAAUACUUGUUGAGUCACUUUCCACAAUUGAAACUGAUUUAUAUAAUGAUUUCAUUGAAGCAAUUGUUCAAUUUGGAGAAAUUGUAGAUCAUGUUGAAAAUCCUCAGGAAUUUCUUGAAUGUGUAAACGAUCCUGAAAUAAGAGAUGAAAUUUUAGAGUUCGCUGAUAAUCUAGACGACGACGAACAAAAUCGUCGUUUGGAUGUCUUCAUUGAAAAGUUUUAUUCAGAUUAA